AUGACUACGCCUCCCAGCACUCUGCCUUUCAGGCUGGAAACAGCAGAUGGAAGCCAGGAAGACACCAAAGGGAAUCAGGGCCAAGGACAUGGGCCACCCCCCAUGGAGUCAGCAUUCCAGGAUGAAGACAGAGACUUCUCUCCUCAGAUCAAAGUGAACCUCAGAUACCGAAAGGGACCAGGUGCCAGCCAGAAGGACCCUGACUGUUUCACUCGGGACCAGCUUUUCAGUGCUGUCUCUCGGGGCAUCCCGGAGGAGCUGGUCGGCUUGGCAGAGUACCUGUCCCGGACCAGCAAGUACCUCACCGACUCGGAAUACACAGAGGGGUCCACAGGGAAGACUUGCCUGAUGAAAGCUGUGCUGAACCUCCAAGAGGGCACCAAUGCCUGCAUAUUGCCACUGCUGCAGAUUGACCGGGACUCCGGCAAUCCCCGGGCCUUGGUUAAUGCCCAGUGCACGGAUGAGUAUUACCGAGGCCACAGUGCCCUGCACAUAGCCAUCGAGAAGAGGAGCCUGCUGUGCGUGAAGCUCCUGGUGGAGAAUGGGGCAGAUGUCCACGCCCGGGCCUGCGGCCAUUUCUUCCAAAAAAGGAAUCAAGGGACUCACUUCUACUUUGGUGAGCUGCCCCUCUCUCUGGCUGCCUGCACCAAACAGUGGGACGUGGUGACUUACCUGCUGGAGAAUAGGCACCAGCCAGCCAAACUGCAGGCUGCUGACUCCCUGGGCAACACAGUGCUGCACGCUCUGGUGAUGAUCGCUGACAACUCGACUGAGAACAGCAAGCUGGUAAUCCAAAUGUAUGACUCACUACUGCAGGCAGGUGCCCGCCUCUGCCCCUCUGUGCAGUUGGAGGACAUCCCCAACCGGCAGGGCCUCACGCCGCUGAAGCUGGCUGCCAAAGAGGGCAAAAUUGAGAUUUUCAGACACAUCCUGCAGAGGGAGUUCUCAGGGCUGUGCCAGCCCCUGUCCAGAAAGUUCACUGAGUGGUGCUACGGGCCUGUCCGGGUUUCGCUGUACGACCUAGCUUCAGUGGACAGCUGGGAGGAGAACUCGGUGCUGGAGAUCAUUGCCUUUCACUGCAGAAGCCCGCACCGACACCGAAUGGUAGUUUUAGAGCCACUCAACAAACUGCUGCAAGCAAAAUGGGAGCAGCUCACCCCCAAAUUUUAUUUCAACUUCCUGUGUUACCUAGUCUACAUGAUCAUCUUCACUGCUGUUGCCUACUCCCAACCUGCCCUAGAAAAGGACUUCCAUCCCCUAAAAGCAACUGCAGGAAACUCCAUGCUGCUGCUGGGCCAUAUCCUCAUCCUGCUUGGGGGGCUGUACCUGCUUUCCUGCCAGCUCUGGUACUUCUGGAGGCGCCGUCUGUUCAUCUGGAUCUCCUUUAUGGACAGCUACUUCGAGAUACUCUUCCUGUUCCAGGCCCUGCUUACAGUCCUGUCCCAGGUGCUGUGUCUCCUGGCCAUCGAAUGGUACCUGCCCCUGCUCGUGGCCUCACUGGUGUUGGGCUGGCUGAACCUGCUCUACUAUACACGUGGCUUCCAGCACACAGGCAUCUACAGCGUCAUGAUCCAGAAGGUCAUCCUGAGGGACCUACUCCGCUUUCUUCUGGUCUACUUCGUCUUCCUUUUUGGCUUUGCUGUAGCUCUGGUGAGCCUGAGCAGGGAGACCCAGAGCCCCAAGGCCCCCACAGACAAUGCCACAGAUACAGCUCGUCCUGAGGUGGGACCAGAGGAUGAGGGUGAUGUGGCUCUAUAUGGGGGCAUUGUGGAUGCCUCCUUGGAACUCUUCAAGUUCACCAUUGGCAUGGGCGAGCUGGCCUUCCAGGAGAAACUGCGCUUCCGGGGGGUGGUGCUGCUGCUGCUGCUGGCCUACGUGCUGCUCACCUACAUCCUGCUGCUCAACAUGCUCAUCGCCCUCAUGAGCGAGACAGUCAACAGCGUUGCCACUGACAGCUGGAGCAUCUGGAAGCUGCAGAAAGCCAUCGCUGUCCUAGAAAUGGAGAGUGGGUACUGGUGGUGCCGGCAGAAGAAGCAGCGGGUGGGAGCCAAGCUGAAGGUGGGCACCCGGCCAGAUGGCAGCCCUGAUGAGCGCUGGUGCUUCAGAGUGGAAGAAGUGAACUGGGCUGCAUGGGAGCAGACACUGCCCACACUGUGUGAGGAGCCGGCAGGUGCCCAGAUCCUGGGCACCAGGAAGAAUCCAGCCCCGGCCUCACCACUGGAAGAUGAUCAAGCCUUAGAGAAACACCAUCUGCCACUCCAGCAACUGGGGUACUAG